ACAACACACUGACUUCUGGACGUGGUCAGGGUGGCUUUCUCUGGCUGGCAUGGACUUGAGCAGAAACUCGUUGCCGGCUUCCUCCUUGCACGAGCACCGAGUGAUUCCCAGGUCCCCCAUCCUCCCCUGGGACAUCGAGGACACACAAAAACCUUGUUCACCCUCCACUGAGAGCGGGGCUAGAGAUGGAUGCUGAGUACAGGAAGGGUGUGUGAGGAUUCCUUUGGCUCCACUCUUGUUUCCAACUAUUGCCGGUCCUAGGCGCCCAGUCCUGAGCAACCAUGACGAUGGAGACUCUCCCCAAGGUUCUAGAGGUCGAUGAGAAGUCUCCAGAAGCCAAGGACCUGCUGCCCAGCCAGACCGCCAGCUCCCUGUGCAUCAGCUCCAGGAGCGAGUCUGUCUGGACCACCACCCCCAGGAGUAACUGGGAAAUCUACCGCAAGCCCAUCGUUAUCAUGUCAGUGGGCGGUGCCAUCCUGCUUUUCGGCGUGGUCAUCACCUGCUUGGCCUACACCUUGAAGCUGAGUGACAAGAGUCUCUCCAUCCUCAAAAUGGUAGGGCCUGGCUUCCUGUCCCUGGGACUCAUGAUGCUGGUGUGCGGGCUGGUGUGGGUGCCCAUCAUCAAAAAGAAACAGAAGCACAGACAGAAGUCGAAUUUCUUACGCAGCCUCAAGUCCUUCUUCCUGACUCGCUGAUGGUGGUUUCCACAUCUCCCUGCCACCUUGACUGGGAGAAGAUCUGAUGACCAACAUCUGACAUCCCUGUCUCCUCUGUGGGGUGCCAUAAAACUGAUCCAGGAAAAUGCUCUUCCUGACCCUGUGGGGAAGAUGGAGCUCCACCCUCCAUGCAGCCGGGAAUGUUGCCAGAUGUAUCCGCUUGAUCUCUAUUCUGACUGAUGCUUCCUUGGAUCCCGGCUGUGGCCUUCCCUUUGGUCACUCUAACCCCCUGCCCCUGCAUCCAGGCAUCAUUCAUCCAACUCUCUCUGCCAAGUGCAAUGCAUGCUGGGAAAUUCUUCGAGGGUGGGCUAUGCCCAAGGGAGAACCUCAUGUUUACAUAUCUGAGUGCCAGAGCUGGAUUCUUCAUUUGCAUACUUCUGGAACCAAAACUGACCCACGGAGGUCCUUUACAGAGGAGGGAGGGAUGGCUGAGCUCUGACCCAUUGGGUUUGACAGCCCUAGCUCCCUUAGCAGACUUUCAAGAUCACAAGUAUCAAACAUUCCAAAGACUGAACAACGAAGGGAGGCCUGGGAAAAACACUCUCCAAGAUGGCACGUGCCCCUGGACAUGACAACAUGACUCUAGGGGUUAGUCAGCUGAAGAAGUUUAGUUCCUAAUUAUAUAAUAUUUACAUCAGAGGCAGUGGGGUAGGCUAGGGGAUGUCACUGUUUCCGCUUGACCUUAUCUUUCUCAUUGACCACUGUCUUCUCUGAACUUGAUCAUUAGCCAAGGACAAAAUGCAUGUUGCCCUAAUUUCUUUCCUACCCCUGCGUCUAUCUCUGCAUCUAGAACAGCUAAAUGGAAAGAUACAGAGGGAUCCUGUAAGGUUGUUUUCCCUUUCACGUCCAUCAAGAUCAAAAUUGAGAGAAUCAAGUUCCAUAUCUGAAUGAUCUGUAGGUUUCUAGAGAUGGAAUUCACGUCAGAAAAUUCCAACUUCUGUUAUCCCUGCCCCCACCCACCAUAAAAGCCAACAUUUAUUAAGUGUCGCACUCUGGGAUAAGCCCUGGCUGGGGGCAAGACACGGUCCCUGCUGUCUUCUUGCUUCCCGAGGUGAGAGAGGCAGCCAAGCCAACUGGCGAAAUGUGGGUGGGUGUGGGAACACAGGCGGUGUCUACCCUAGACUUGAUAGAGGACGGAGAAAUUCCUGGAGGCCACGUCCUCCAACCCAAAAACAAAAGGAAAGAUAAGAGUUACCAAAGAGGGGAAAGAACGGCAUUGGAAGCAGCAGGAGCUGCUAUGCGUGUGCAGGAGUAGCUUGGGGAAGGAGAAACAUGAUGGAAUUAGGAAACUGCACGGCCAUUUGUCUGACCUCCCAGAUGUUUUUACUUCAUCCCUCUCUUGCCUGGCUUCCCACCUCUUCACCAAGUGCCUGGCGCAGCUUCUCCUGGAGGCACAUUGAGGGCCUCCUGGUGUCUAUGAUAGAGACGGGAAGUGGGUUUCCAGAGGGCCUGGCAAGCAAAGAGUCCCUGAGAAGUAAGUGCUUCUGUAACUCCCUGUGGCAACCAAGAGGCCCGUAGGUGAAAGAACAGAAGCAGUACCUGUGAGGGAGCCAGCCACGCUGCCCUAGGCCAAAGACCCCUGGAGAGCAUUUGGUAAUGAGGUGUGAGAGGAGAGCAUCCUGCACCAGAAUCACCCUUGUCUUGAGCUAAUUCUCUUCACUCCUCAGCCUUGUGGCCUUCCCAGUCACCAUGGCCCUCCAGAUAUCCCCAUCCUGCAUGGCAGUUCCAUAUGCAGAGCCAGAAUCCAUCCUUGUUCCUUCUGCAUUGUGAGAAAAUCCAUGGAGGCAAGCACUUGUGUCAUGGGGACCACCCCUUACCUGACCCACCCACGGAGUCAGAGUUUGGGGAACUCAUGGCCGUUGAGGCUCACCCAGGAUGGCCAUAGCCUUCAUGGAGACCCAUGCCAGUGUGGCCAUGUCUCUAGCUCACCUCUAGCCCUGCACACAGGUGGUCAGGACCAAUCUUGGGAGUGUUGCAAGUGCUAUGUCGUUAAUUGUAGUUUUAGUGCUUCAGUGACAAACCUUGCAGAUCAUUUCCCUUCUUCUGAGAUGAAUGCAGAUUUGAUGGCCCUAUAAUAUUACUCUUGCAUUCCUCGAUGCAUUCUUAAAUGGGAGCAAAUGGGAUGGGCUCCAGAUCACUCACUGGAAACCCACACUCCAGGUGCCUCAUUUCCUCUGCCCAGGAGAUUGUAGCCUGGGCACAGCUAUAUGAGGAGGGCCCAUUUGGAUACUGCUAUCAUGGAUGUCUUAGUGGAAGGAAGUUUAGGGAUAACCACAACUCUAGAAGUCCAGGUUCUGGACUCACUUUGCAGACUCUAGCAGUACCUGCCUCCAUUCCCUGCCCACUCAAGCUAGUUUCUCAGCAAAGAGAAUAUGAGGAAAUAUCCCCAAACAUCAUCAUCCCCACUGGGAUCCUCCACAUGAGUGUGGGCUGGAAAGGUUCCAGGGUCACACUGAGGCAGGACAUUUUUUGCCAAUGCCUGUUGCCCCAUGGAAGGCUGAGGUACGGAUGCACCUGAUCUGGAAAUGCAGCCCAGGUCAGACUCCACAUUUCUGCAACAAAGCAUCACCUGCAAUGACUCUUUUCACGUCAGUGGGUCAAAGGACAGAACCAGCUUCCAUGUUUUAGGCUCACUAGAUUGUAUCACGCUCCCCAUGGCUAUUCUGUUUGGGAGAAUUUGAUCUAACCCGAAGCCUAAAGGAAUCAAUGUAAUGUUGAAUUGUAUUCUAUGUAACACUGUCUGCUGUGUUUUCAUUCUUCUCUUCAGGAAUUUCAAGACCAUGUCCACCAAUUAAUUCAUCUAAAAUGCACCCCACCCUCCAUUGCCACACAUCCUUCUCCCCAGAUUGCUGCCUGGGAGAAAAUGGACAGAAUGGAUUUUGUGCAUGGUUCCUCAGGCAUCUUGUAGGAGCUGAUGACCCUACUCUGAGAUGCUGACGGGGCAGAGACCAGCAGCUUCCAACUCUUUCCAUCCUCACAAGCCAAGUACUGAGACCAAAAAAAGAGAUAUCAAGAAAGAACCAUCCAGAAUGAAUCAGUGUUUUGGGGCAAGGCAGGCAGCUGCUCCAGGGUCAGCCUAUCAAUGUCCCCAGUAACUGACAAGAGCAGGCACAAGGAGCAGGUGCAGUUCAGCUUCCCAGGUCUCCUUUCUUCCAAGCCCCUUCUCCUCGUCUCCUGUGCUGGCCUCCUCUGCCCCUCCAGCCUUUUAAUCCUGACUCUCUUACACUUGGCUUCCCACCAAACUCACUGUGGCCUUGACUUUCUGCUUGCACUAGCUGGCUCAAUCCAUAAAGGAAAUAAGAAAGCAACUGGUGGUAUGUCUGGGUAGAGCAAAGGAUAUUUUAUUCCUCCUUCAAUUCCUGCAACAUUGCCAGAGUCAUGACCCCCCACCCUUCUUGACCCUCAUACCCAUCUCCUCACUAUCUCCUGCAGUCAAAGAUCAGAGGGCACCAGAAAACCAAAACCCAGAGCUUCAAACAUGUCUGAUAUUAAAUGUGGGCAAGGAAACUACCCAGGGGGUGUACCUGGGGAUGCUGCUGGGUGGCAACCAC